CGCUGCUGGGAGCGAGGGACAUGGGAGGGCGCGACACAUCUCUAGGGCAAGAGCUCUUCCUCUACGCCGUCAGCGCCGCCUUGAGCUGCCUGGUCCUCUUCGUUGGGGUGCGCCAUCUCGACCCAAAUCGCUACCAGGCCAAGAAAGCCGCCGAGCGCAAGAAGGAGAUUGCCAAGCGCCUGGGCCGCUCACUGGUGCAAACCAACAGCUAUGAGGACAUGAUCGCCUGCGACGUGAUCAACCCCGAGGACAUUGACGUAACCUUCGACUCCAUUGGCGGCCUCGAGGACGUCAAGAGCUCGCUGUUCGAGCUCGUCAUCCUCCCUCUCCAGCGCCCGGAGCUGUUUGCUCAUGGCAAGCUGCUGGGACCUCAGAAGGGAGUGCUGCUCUACGGGCCUCCCGGCACCGGCAAGACGUUGCUGGCCAAGGCGAUUGCCAAGGAGUCGCGAGCCGUCUUCAUCAACGUUCGGAUUGCCACUCUCAUGUCCAAGUGGUUCGGAGACGCCCAGAAGCUCGUCACCGCCGUCUUCUCUCUCGCGUACAAGCUGCAGCCAUCCAUCAUCUUCAUCGACGAGGUUGACAGCUUUCUGGGCCAGAGGCGUGCGACGGAGCACGAAUCCAUGACUCACAUGAAGACGGAGUUCAUGGCACUCUGGGACGGCUUCACAACUGACCAGAGUGCCAGGGUCAUGGUUCUCGCCGCCACCAACAGGCCAUGGGAGCUCGACGAAGCCAUCCUCCGCCGGCUUCCCCGCGCGUUCGAGGUGGGCAUGCCGGAUGCGAGGCAGCGUGCCAGCAUUCUGCGGGUCAUUCUCAAAGAUGAGGCGGUGGAGGACGAGGUGAACAUCGACUAUCUGGCGAGCCUGACCGAGAACUACAGUGGCUCCGACUUGACGGAGCUGUGCAAGCAGGCCGCCUAUCUUCCCAUAAGAGACCUGCUGGAGAAGGAGAAGAACGGGCACUCGAGCGAGCUACAGACGGCCAGGCCUCUCAAGCAGAGCGACUUCGAGACGGUGCUGCAAAACGCUCGCAGUUCCAAGGACGCUGCGUACGACUACCAAAACCGGCGGCAGUUUGAGCAGCAGCAGCAGCAGCCGCAGGAGGUGUCCAUCACUGACGUUCUGCAGCUCUUGGCGGCGUUUGGUGCCGCUGGCAACAGCCGAGGCCGUUCCAGCUGAACAAACAAGGCCAUAAAUUCUUCCGGCUUUUUCACAUUUUGGCGAGAGCGAGAGCGUGGAAGAGGCGAUACAGGUAUUACGUCGAUGCCUUGGCUUGCUUCUGGCAUGGGCGCAGACAAGAAACGGCACUUAGGUAGCUAUAGCCGCGCUUGUACCGUUUGUACGUGUAAAAUCGAUGCAAACCAUGCCCUAAAUUAAA